UGCAUUUCCUCUAUAGAGGAGAAAAAGUCAAGAGGUUGCUUCAGCUUUACCUCCCAUCUGUACAUACAAGAAAACUGUGACCUAAGUGGACCAUUAUGUGGCUCUGGGCACUGCUUCCGAUCUGCUUGGCGGUGUUUGGCAUUGUGGGCAUAUGGGUUGUGUUUGGUAUCGCUGUAUCGAAUGAGACUGUUAACAUCACAGACAGAUUCCCCUACAUCAGUGAAUGUGGCACCUAUAAUCCUCAGAGCUGCAUCUUUGCUCAGAUCUGCAACGUCUGUGCUAUCCUGGCCCUGUGGGUUGUGGUGAUCCGGUUUCAGCAGGUCAGGGACUAUGGUCAGAACAGCAAGGUGAACAUUGCCAGUAUCGUACUGGGCUUCAUCUCCUGUGUGGGCAUCUCCCUCAUCGGAAACUUCCAGCAAUCUGUAGUGAUAGGGAUCCACUUGUUGGGAGCGUUUUUGACCUUCUUGGUGGGCCUGGCCUACUUCUGGCUGCAGGUGUGGCUCUGCUACAAAGCCCACCCCUUUAAAGACCGCCACUGGGUUGGACCUCURCGAGCUACCUUCUGUAGCAUCUGCAGCGUCCUGGUCAUCACCAUGGUUAUACUUCAUACUACCAGCUACAAAUCUGGAGCGGCCGUUUGUGAGUGGGCCUUGGUCAUGUCCUUCUUUGUCCUUUUUGGCCUCUUUGGGUCCGAGUUCCGUCACAUCGACUUCCACCAGCUCACCGUGCAGAAACAAGGUCUGAAGACACAGAGCACCAACGGAGUGAUAUUAUUUCAAUGGCACAUCAAGACAUGAACACUGGAAACAUAUCUACAGUAUUUAUCUAGAGGAAGAUGAAUUAACUGAUUAUUGCCAUGGAAAUUGAAAUCAACUUUAAUGUGAUUUGAUACUUCAACAAAGUUUUUUUUAAAAGUCAUGUGUCUGAGGGUUUACGUAACUGUAAGUGUUUUUA